UAAAAAAUAAAAGAUACAGCUAAAGAAAAUGAAUUUGCGUCAGUUCAAUAUUGAACACUUCAAUAUGAAGAUUACUGUGGUUGUAGCAUUAAUAUGUUUCGUUUUAUGCAUGUCGGGGACAAACGCAGCACUAAAACUAAGUCUAAUACCGAGCUUGGACCUGCCCAUUAUAGGAGAACUGAAUACCGACGUCAAAAUAGGCAUUGAUGGACAGAAAGGUCUCCUUGGAGCUGGCAAACUCUUGGUCAAAGGUCUAACGGCGAAGGCAGCUUCAAGCCUAUUCAAGAAGAAACUGCCCAAAGAUACCAAGUCGGACAAAGGUAAUACUCCCCGGCUGCCGCUGAAGCUUGGAAAAGAUGUACCAAAGUAGAAUAACAACUAUAACUACACACAAGCGACACAACAAACUGUUUUAAGCUUAAAAAGACAUUGUAUUAUUUGUCAUGAGAAAAUAAAUU